AUGGCUUUCCACACUCGAUCUAACAGCUUCCCCUCUAGGCCACACCCCAUCAUUCAGGAAAUUGAUGAACAUUUGUGUAGAUUGAGGUCUUCCGAGGACACCUCCACAUCAUCAUCAUCAAUCAGCCACAAACUAAGCGGCCUCCAAGACUUGCAUGAUUGCGUCGAGAAGUUGCUUCAGUUGCCCCUCACCCAACAAGUCUUGGCACAGGAGCAGAAUGAGAAAUGCGCUAAUGAACUUUUAGAUGGCUCUCUCAGACUAUUAGAUAUUUGUGGCACUAUCAAGGAUGCCCUGUCACAAACCAAGGAAUGCGUACAGGAUCUUCAAUCGAUCAUAAGAAGGCGAAGAGGUGAAUCUGGAGCACUCACAAUUGAGGUCAGGAAAUACUUGAGCUCCAGGAAGAUGGUGAAAAAGGCUAUCCGAAAGGCAAUGAAGAAUCUCAAAGGAUCUUCCCUCAACAAGGACAAUGAGACCGUUGCCAUUAUUAGCAAGUUGAGAGAUGUCAAGGCAAUCACUCUCACAUCUUUUGAAUCACUAUUGUCUUUCAUAGCAGGGCCAAAAUCCCAGCCACGAAGCUGGUCAUUGGUCUCGAAGAUGAUGCAGUCAAGUAAAGUUGCCUGUGAGGAAGAAACAGAAGCUAAUGAAUUUGCUAUAGUGGAUGCUGCACUACACCGAAGUGCAGAUAACGCGCAGAGCCAGCUUGAGAAGCUGGAGUCAUGCAUUCAAGAUCAGGAAGAAAGGCUUGAGUGCCUAUUUAGGCAACUCAUCAAAACAAGAGUCUCCCUCCUCAACAUCCUGAAUCACUAG